GGUGCUGGAGAAACAAAGAGCUCCACUUCACGUUCUUCCUGCCCAGAGGAGAAAUGAAAAUACGGUAGAUGGACGAGUGUCCUUUGUGCAGAAGAGUGCACACAGAACGCCGUCGCCAGCGUUUGUUGCCAUUUAUCGGCCACCGAGACCAGGUCCUAAUCUUCGACCUGGGGCCUGCAUUCCUCCCGAAGGAUAACAACAAGACGGUGCGACCAAGAGCCUUUGAUUGGCUCUCGCAGCAGCCAAUCGGAAUGCAGGGAAUGCGUCCCAGGGAAACCUCAUCUUUUGUUUGCCCUCACCUGAUACGUUACCUGGCCGAGCGCUCAUUACCUUUUCCAACGCCGUCCAGAACUGCAACAUUCUCCGGCACUCUGCACUUUUUCUUUUCUUCGGGAGUGCACUCGGGAAAAGGAACGCGGUCAUGGCCGUAGCCAACUUCCACUACAUUACUCGCAUGAGCAGCGGCUUCAAGGUCUACAUUUUAGAGGGUCAGCCUCAUCUGAGGAGCGAAGACAGAUUCAGACAUAUGACAAACGAGCGGACUCGAACCCCAACACUUUAUCCCAAACGCAAGCGCGGCCACGAACGAUGUCUCACUCUGGAGGAAAGGCGCGAGCGGGUGCUGAGCAGAACCAACGGUAAAGCUGCGCCGAAAGCCGCACCCGCGGUGUUCAAUAGCCCCCAAAGUCCCACUUCCACCUGGAGCCCCUCACCCAGUCCCAGCAGCCCUCUGCCCUCUCACGUGUACUACACCCCGGUCCUUGACGAACCACUCGCCCUCAUCAAGAAACCCAGGAAGGACGCAGAGAGCACAGAAGAGAAGGCUAAAAACACCGGCACAAGUCAGAGCCAGAUACGUCCCACUGUGAUCACUUGCGUCUCCUCAUUAAGGAAUUCCGCCACGAGCUCCGAUGUCCACCAGAGUCCGUCAUCAGUCAUCUCCAAAUGCAACUACGACCACGUGGUUGAGGAGCAUUUCCAGAGGAGUCUGGGAGCGAAUUACCAGAAAAGCCACCCCCAGCAGCUCUCCAUCAGCGUGUCGGUCGACGACCAUUUCGCCAAGGCCUUGGGAGAUAAGUGGCUGCAGAUUAAGUCCAAGUCGUCCUCCUGCUCAUCAACACCCCCCAGCAGUCCGAGCGUCACUCACUCCCCGGCGUACAUGCAAAGCCCGCAUUCGUCCGUGAAAGAACCCGCGAGCAAAUCGCCGCCACCCUCCGGCAACUGGUCGGCCAACUAACUGAAAAUUGACCUCUGACCUUGCCGGGGAAUUGACUUUUAGCCUAGCACCCUGCUCGUCGGGCAAGGGCAAGUUUUUCGGGGCGCUGUCGGAUUGGACCGCUGAUCCAGACAACUGUGGCAUCAACUGGGAUCGUCUUGUUACAUUUCUUUCUUCAUCUUACCGAUAAUAUCUGAGGCAGAUGGCGGUACGGUUGGAGAACCAUCAAAUUAUUCCUUCACAUUUCCCACGUUUGAUUCUUGUAACGUCACGCUGCAUUUCAUCGUCUUUAUAUUUAUGUCAAUUUCAUCUCCACGGUUUACCUGUCGGGCCUAUAUUUCAUGCGUGUUAUUGCGAUUACACUUGUUAUACGAAAGAGAGACCUUGAAAGUCUUUGACAA